AUGAGUUCUAUACCACGCUUGGUCAAAAAUAUAUUUAAGGUUGGUCCUAGAUCAGCUUUUAAACAAAUGUUAACCAUUGGUGAAGUCAAAACUGGUACACUUGUUGGUGUUGACAAGUUUGGUAAUAAGUAUUUCGAAAAUAAAGAAGAGGUUUGUGGUCGAGAUCGAUGGGUAGAAUAUGCUCAUUAUCAUUCGGAUUCUAGUCAAAUACCAUCAGAAUGGCACGGUUGGGUACAUAAAAUAAUAGAUGAACCGCCAACAGUAAAUCCACCGAUAUCUUUAAAAUACCUUCAAGAACAUACUGAAAAUUUCACAGGUACUCCCAAAGCUUUUAAGACUUAUAAUACAACUGCACCAAAAAUUAUAGCUUGGGAACCGAAAUCAUAUUGUACUCUGGCUGUGAUGUCAUUGACACCCCCAUGUUCAUUAAUAUCCAACGCAGCAUCUUACAUUCUUCGUUCUCCUGGUUUCACAAGCAAUUCAGCCGUUUUUAAUAGCCCUUUCUAUCUGUACUCUGCAUAA